AUGGGUUGUUUUGGCAGUGCAAAUGCCAAGCAAGAUGCUGAUGAGUAUAAAAAGGGAAAAGAGAGGAGUAAGGAAAUAGAACGUCAAAUAAAUAAGGAUAAACAAGUGUACAGAGCGACACAUAAACUAUUACUCUUAGGUGCUGGUGAAUCGGGAAAAAGUACUAUUGUAAAACAAAUGAGAAUUUUACACGUUCCUGAUGGGUUCAGUAAAGAAGAAAAAAGGCAAAAAAUAGAAGAUAUUAAAAAAAAUAUACGUGAUGCUAUAUUAACCAUAACUGGUGCGAUGAGUACUCUAACGCCUCCCAUACCUCUGGAACACCCAGAAAAUCAAGUCAGGGUAGAUUAUAUACAGGACGUAGCAUCUUCACAUGAUUUUGACUAUCCCCCUGAAUUUUACGAGCAUACAGAAAUCCUGUGGAAGGAUAAAGGGGUACAAACGUGUUUUGAAAGAUCGAACGAAUACCAACUCAUCGACUGUGCAAAGUACUUUUUGGAUAGGGUAGAAACUGUAAAGCAACCCAAUUACACACCAUCCGAACAAGACAUUCUCAGAUGCCGGGUAUUAACGUCUGGGAUAUUCGAAACGAGGUUUCAGGUUGACAAAGUCAAUUUUCACAUGUUCGAUGUCGGAGGGCAGAGAGACGAAAGGAGAAAAUGGAUUCAGUGUUUUAAUGACGUAACUGCCAUUAUAUUCGUAACAGCUUGUUCAUCGUAUAACAUGGUUCUUAGGGAAGAUCCCACACAAAAUAGACUAAGGGAAAGUCUAGAUCUCUUUAAAAGUAUUUGGAAUAAUAGAUGGCUGAGAACAAUAUCGAUUAUAUUAUUUUUAAACAAGCAAGACUUGCUAGCGGAAAAAAUAAAAGCUGGUAAAUCGAAAUUAGAAGAUUAUUUUGCUGAUUUUUCCCGGUAUCAAACGCCGGGAGAUGCCGUACCCGAACCUGGCGACGAUUCUCAAGUUAUAAGAGCAAAAUAUUUUAUUAGGGAUGAAUUUUUGCGUAUAAGCACAGCUUCCGGUGAUGGAAAACAUUAUUGUUACCCACAUUUCACGUGCGCGGUCGAUACGGAAAACAUUAGACGAGUUUUUAACGACUGCCGGGAUAUAAUUCAGCGAAUGCACCUACGUCAGUACGAACUCUUGUGA